UCUCUCUACAACAAAACAAAAAGUCAUGGCUGGUGCGAAGUAAAAGAGAAAGGCACCUCCAUGGGUCUCUCUGCGGAGUAUCUACUUCGUAUCUGAGGCUCAUGUAGGAAGUAAUAGAGACUGGAUAGAUUUCUCAAGAAGCUUUCAACUUGGAUAUGGGAACCACCACACCUGAAUCUGUGGCUGUAGACUCAGAAAUUUAUUCAUCUUUGGGUAUAAUCAAGUUGGCUAAAGUUUCCGGAAACUACCCUCGUGUGUUGUCACUCCUUUCUUCAAUUCUAGAGAGAACAGUCCAGAAGAAUGAGAAGUUACUAGACACUACAAAGAAGAAAGAUACAGUUACCAUAUUUCAUGGUUUAAGAGAACCCAGCCUGGGCAUUCGGAAUUACAUUGAUCGUAUCUUUAAGUACUCAAGCUGCAGCCCUUCCUGCUUUGUUGUUGCUUACAUCUACAUCGAUAGAUUCAUCCAACGGAUGGAUGUCCAUCUCACUUCCCUCAAUGUUCACCGGCUUAUAAUUACAAGUGUGAUGGCAGCAGCAAAAUUUUUUGAUGAUGCAUUCUUCAACAAUGCCUAUUAUGCAAAGGUGGGAGGAGUGAGCACAUCAGAGAUGAAUAGGUUGGAGAUGAAAUUUUUGUUCAGUCUGGAUUUCAGACUUCAAGUUACUGUUAUGACUUUUGAAUGGUAUUGUCUACUGUUAGACAAAGAAGGUGGUGGGGGUUACCAGAUUGAGAGGCCGAUCCAAAUAUGUGGGUUGAAAGAAAGCUGGCCAAACAAAGAUGACCCUAAACAUGCAGCCACAGUAAUAAGGUACAGUUGUUGAACCAAGAUCUUGUAAUACUAGUACCUAUCGGUUUCACAGAAAAUUGUCAUUCACACUAGGAGAUUAUUCUAGGAGAUAGGGAUGUUUAAAAUAUGCUUGUAUGAUCGCUAUAUGUAACGGAUGCUAUUGAGUGAUUAUU